AUGACUUAUACGAAUUGGGUUAUAGGAAGAGCCUUAGGGAGUUGUGAUGCGAGUGAAGCCCUCAAGCAGCAAAGGCCUACAACAUCUGCAUGUAGGCAACGAGAAGUUGCACCUAUUGUUGAGGAUGUUGAGCAUGUGGAUCAUGCGACUGAUGAGGUGCAUGAAGAGCCUAUAGAGGUAGCUGUUGAUGAUGUAGUUACUGAUGUCGAGGGUUUUCCAAGCGAGCCCCACGACACAUCAGUUUUGAUGGACUAUGUUCAUCAUGUGGUAUUAAUAGUUUGGAAUGGAGAGGAACGUCCUAAGUUGAAGUUGUCCUCUCAUGAAAGGGAGGUAGAGAAAUUUGGCAAGCUUGUUCCACAGAUUGAACGCUUAAUGGCAGCCACAAGAUUAAGUCAUCUGAUCGCAUGUUCACUGGACACUGGCGUCUUCCAUAGCUUUGAGGCUCUUCAUGUGGAUGAUGUCGCCCUCCUCUUAGUUGAAUUGCUUGAAGUGAGUUCUGAAGAGGCCAGAGCUGAGACAGUACAAUGUCAUGGGGCAUAUGUUCGGCUAUCCUGGCUGCGAGACAUAUAUCAGAGCAAAUUUGACGCAACACGGUGGACUGUAGCAACUCGAGCAUAUUUGUUACAUCUGAAUGGAAGUUACGCAUUGAGAGCUACUGCACUGGUCCAUAUGUAUGAGAAUUUGAAUGAUACGUCAAAGAGCAAUGCAAUGCAACUUGUAGGAUAUAUCACACUUUUACAGUGUUGGGUCUACGGGCAUUUUCCUUUUGUUGCUUCUUCUAUUGCUACUAAAGACUAUGAUGAGAGGAAACCAUGUGCUUGUCGUUGGAAGUAUGGGAAGCAAUUACAUAUCCGUUGGUGUCCAUCUAUUAUCGUACACCGACCAGAAAGGGUUGUGCGACAGUUUGGGUAUGUGCAAACCAUUCCAUCACACUCUGCUGCUCCAUGUCUAUGUGUAGAAGAUAUUGAUGAUAGAUGGAUUUAG